UGAAGGACCUUGCACUUGGCCUUGCGGAACCUCAGACACACUUCUCCAAUCUGUUCAGGUCCCUCUGGAUGACAUCCCGUCCUUCUGAUGCGACACCUGCACCGCUCAGCUUGGCGUCUGCAAACAAACACUCGAUCUCGCUGUCUGUAUCACUGACGAAGCUACUGAACGGCACGGGCCGGGCAGCGGCAGGCACUGGCGCUGCAGGGGUUAACCCCGGGGCGCCGGCUCCUCCCUGGCCCCGCCCCUCGCGGCGGGCGCUGCGGCCGCGGGCGCGCGGGCGGCCCCAGUGUCGCGCGGUGAUGAGUCACCGGCAGGGGCGCGGCGCGGCGCGCGGCGCGGCGGAGCGAGCGGCCAACAUGGCGGACGCCGCUGCCGCCUCAGCCAGGGACGGGCAGCGCGGCGCCGAGCAGCAGGACGGCGGCGGCCGCGCGGAGCCGAAAACGCUGUGGGGGAACAGCGAGCCCUGGCCGCCUGCCGCCGGCGCCGCGGGGCAGUCCUCAACGGAGACGCUGGGCUUCUACGAGAGCGACCGGAGCGGGAGGAAGGAGCGGAGCCUCUCGGAUCUUUCAUUGCUGAGAUUUAUCAGUGCUGAGCUAACAAGAGGUUACUUCCUUGAACACAAUGAAGCAAAAUACACAGAGCGGAGAGAGAGAGUAUACACGUGCAUGCGGAUACCAAAAGAACUGGAAAAGUUGAUGUUUUUUGGAAUCUUUUUGUGCCUGGAUGCUUUUCUGUAUGUAUUCACCCUGCUUCCUUUGAGAGUUUUUCUGGCAAUGUUCCGGUUCAUCACUUUGCCUUGCUAUGGCUUACGCUCUCUUCGGGGCCUAACAGCAAGUGAUAGACGUUUGCUACAACCUGCUCAGGUAUGUGACAUUCUCAAAGGAGUUAUAUUGGUCAUCUGCUACUUCAUGAUGCACUAUGUUGACUACUCUAUGAUGUAUCAUCUGAUAAGGGGACAGUCUGUCAUAAAGCUCUACAUCAUCUAUAACAUGCUUGAGGUGGCUGAUCGUCUGUUUUCUUCAUUUGGACAAGAUAUUUUGGAUGCUCUUUAUUGGACAGCUACAGAACCUAAGGAAAGAAAAAGAGCUCACAUAGGCGUGAUUCCUCACUUCUUCAUGGCAGUGCUAUAUGUCUUCCUGCAUGCUAUUCUUAUAAUGGUUCAAGCAACAACCCUUAAUGUGGCCUUCAACUCCCACAAUAAAUCACUGCUUACUAUCAUGAUGUCCAAUAAUUUCGUUGAAAUAAAAGGAAGUGUUUUCAAGAAGUUUGAGAAGAACAAUCUUUUCCAAAUGUCAAAUAGCGACAUAAAGGAGAGGUUCACCAAUUAUGUACUGCUGCUAAUUGUAUGUCUAAGAAAUAUGGAACAAUUCUCAUGGAAUCCAGAUCAUCUUUGGGUGUUAUUUCCGGAUGUGUGCAUGGUAGUUGCUUCAGAAAUUGCGGUGGAUAUUGUGAAACAUGCCUUUAUAACAAAAUUCAAUGACAUCACAGCAGAUGUUUACAGUGAAUACAGAGCAAGUCUUGCAUUUGACCUUGUUAGCAGUCGACAGAAAAACGCGUAUACAGAUUACAGUGACUCAGUUUCCAGAAGAAUGGGUUUCAUUCCUCUUCCACUGGCUGUUUUACUCAUCAGAGUCGUAACAAGCUCAAUAAAAGUACAAGGAGUCUUAGCUUAUGUUUGUGUUGUGCUGUUCUACUGUGGGUUAAUAUCUCUAAAAGUCCUUAACAGUAUUGUAUUACUGGGGAAAUCAUGUCAAUAUGUAAAGGAAGCAAAAAUGGAGGAGAAAUUAUUCAAUCCUAUCCCGACUGCCACCCCAGGGAAGCCAGCUGGCAAACAGCAAAGCAUGUUUAAAUCUGCCCAAGGGAUUUCCGCAGAUGAAAAUGGAGCUACAUCCGUUACCAGUCAGCCUGUUCAUCAGAAGGAGAAUGCUCCGUCUUUACUUGUAACAAGCAAUUCUGAUCAAUUUCUGACAACUCCUGACGGAGAAGAUAAAGAUAUAAGCCAAGACAGUUCAGAAUUAAAACACAGGUCUUCAAAGAAAGACUUGUUGGAGAUAGACAGGUUUACUAUUUGUGGAAACAGAAUUGACUAAGAUAUUUUUUUAAUCGAUGUGCUAAGGAUACUGAGCUGUUGGGACAGCAGAUGCUGCCAGAGUGGACAGUUGCCAAAAAAGGCACAUAAAUAUUUAUUUAAAAACUUAAAUUAUUAAUGGAAGAAGUAAUGAUUUCUUUCUGCAAGUAACUUGGCUUGGUACCUGAUCAGGUCAAGUAAGUGAUCUUUAACUUGCCUCUUGGAAAAGGUGGUGGCUUAUGAGUCUCUAGCCUGAUGGCAGAGCUGCAGUAUGACACUGCUGGAAAAUAGACUGGAAAAAAAGAAUAAUCCUGUUCUGCGUUAUGAAACCAUGCUUCCAGAACAUAUUCCUUUUCAUGAAGGUUCCUCCAGUGUAAGGAUAUUCCUGGAAAUAUAUGACAACUUGACCCGAAGCUUGCCUUUCCAAUUACAUUGUUUUGUUAAACAUCUGCAAGCAGAAUACAGAACUUGUGCUUAUAUCAACAAACACAUAAAGCAUUGGUACAUAAAACAGUAAGUCAAGAUAGUUAUUCUUGUCAAAAGAAUCUUUUCAAGAUGUAUCUCGAAAAUCUUGUAAUCAGAAUAAAAUUUUGCUUUUAAAUGAAAGACUUACUGCAUACUAUUUUAUCUAAAUACUGAACAUCAAGGAAAGAUCACAGUACUGAAGAUUCUGCUUAACUGGGCAGUUAUGAAGCAUAUUCAUUUCUUGUGUUGUGUGUCCUGCAAGGCAAAUUAUUUAUAAAAUUGUUUUUAAAAGCUGAGGAUUUUUUUGUUGCUGUAGGGAGAAAAAAAACAGUGAGGCACUUAUAUAUGUUGAGGAAAGGCAGUGUUAAUUGCAGCAAGCAAGUGUUGUGUUGGAACUGUAAGUAUGGCAUUAACACAGCAGAAAAGAAUAGUACACUGAAUUUUGGGGUUAUCUCUGAGAAAAAUAACAUCUGUACAUUAACUUGCCUGAGAACAUGCCUAUAAAAGCUCAUACUGACAAUCAAAUCACAACUGUUCUUUUUUAACUGAUUGGUUUCAGCCAGGCUUAAGUAGAUGUGCCCAGAUCAGUGAAAGAGCAUUUUAAGCAUUACAAUGCAUUUAAUUUCUGAUGUGAAAUGUGGUUGUGGGAGAAUUAAUGAAAGGUGGUUUUGAAUCCUCAGACAAAGAACGGAGUAAAUUUGACUACAAAACUUAGACCGGAAAUUUGUCAGAAGAGACCCUUCGGUUAAUGAUAAAUUCUUCAUAUAUUGUUAUCAAAACGCAGCUUUAACUUCAAAUGCAUUUCAGAUAUAUACAAGUAAGCACUAGAUUCAUUUCCUAAGGGAAGGUGUCAUAAAAGUGCUUCAGUGCUGAAAAAAGUGAAGACAAAAUUUGCUCUUUGCUAAUUUCAUAAUUUAUCAGAGUGGGGAAGCCAAAGUUCAUUUGCUUUAUGCACAUGUGAAAGUUUGAUGUAUAUGCUAAUCCCUGAAAUUUGCAGAACUACAGUAAUAUAACAAAUGGAGGCAGUUGAACAGUUUAGUGUCUGAGAAGACCUGGUAAUGAGAUAGCCAUACGGGUUAGCGUGGUCUGUUCCAAUGGGAACUUCUUGCUGCAUUCUUCCAGCCUCUCUUCUCCAUCAAGAGUACCUGGAGUAACGGCCAAAAUCUGUGAUUGCUGUUCAGGGAUGACAGUAAAAAGAAGGCAGCUUGUGCUGGAGAAAAUAUGAAAUUCUUUAGUUUUUGAUGUAUUUUAUACUAAUUGGAGAUGUUCACACAUUGAAAUUCAGAGUAUCUGUCAAUUUGGUGUAUCUUAUUUUUGAAUUAUUUAGCAGUUGCUAAAGAAAGCUUGGAAUUGCUUUCAUUUUUUUUCUGUUGAAUGAGAUUCUGUAUCAAUUUUAUAAGUGCAUCUUGUGUGAAACUCAAUAAA